CUUAGAUAAAAAGCCAUGUAGGAUAUCUGGUUUUUGAAAACCAGUUUUGAGGCAUCUGCAACAUUGACGUGAUUUCAAAGGACCUGUGCAAGUUGUAACAGACUUUUUAAAAAUGGAAGUAUUUCCAGAACUUCGUAAACAACCAGAACUUUUGGAAUGUGAUCACUGCAGUUUCAAAGGCACAGAUUAUGAAAAUGUACAAAUUCAUAUGGGAACCAUCCAUCCAGAGUAUUGUGAUGAAAUGGAUGCUGGUGGGUUAGGUAAAAUGAUAUUUUACCAGAAAACUGCAAAAUUGUUUCAUUGCCACAAAUGUUUCUUUACUAGCAAAAUGUACUGCAAUGUGUACUAUCACAUCACAUCCCAACAUUCAGUAAAAGAUAAGUGGGAUGAUAAACAGAAAAAACAGUUGGAGGAGACAGAACUUGUGAAAACCUCUCUCUUUCCUGAGUCCCAGAAAAUGUCUAAUUCAUCUGAGAUUCAGAAAUCCACACCUGCUCCUAUUCAAACUCCAGAAUCACCUCAAACUACCCCUGCUAGUUCUCCAGAGCUCCAGAAACCUGCCUCUGGAGUUUCUACAGAGUCACAGAAACCUGUCGUUCCUGACUCUCAGAAACCUUCCCCUGUUCCUUCUCCAGAAUCCCCAGAACUUGUCCCUUUGGCUUCUUUGGAACCACAGAAACUUGCUUCUGUUUCUCCUGAGCCACAAAAGUCUCCUGUUGUUAAUCCCUCGACCCAGAAGCUUUCUCAUUUUACAGAGACACUGAGAACUCCUUUGUCAACUUCCCCAGAGCCACAAGAACCAGUUCUAGCUUCUUCCCCUGAGCCUUGGGGAUCAUCUCCAAGUUCAUCUCCUGAAUCCCAGAAACCAGCUUUGACUGAAUCUCCUGAACCCAGGAGGCCAUCACCAGCUGUUUCUCCCGAGUCUUGGAAGCCAUCCCCUGCUGUCUCCCCUGAGCCGAGGAGGCCAGCCCCAGCAGUAUCACCAGGUCCUUGGAAGCCUGUGGUAUCUACGUCUCCUAGACCUUGGAAACCUACUCCUUCCACAUCACCUGGCUCUUGGAAGACUGCUAAGCCUGCUCCUUCUGUUUCACCUGGACCUUGGAAGCCUUUACCUCUGUCACCUGGUCCUUGGAAGCCAAGUCCACCUAUGUCACCUGGAUCCUGGAAGCCUUUCCCUGUAUCACCUGUUUCAUGGAAAACUAAUACAUCUUCUGAGGCCUGGAAACCUGGACCUCCAGAACUUCGAAAGACAUCUCCCAUGUCACCUGAACUCUGGAAGCCAGGCCCCUCUUCUCCAGAAUCCCGUAAAACUGGUCCCCCAUUGUCCCCUGAGCCUCGUAAACCAAGUCCCUCAUCCCCUGAGGCUCGGAAAGCAGGUCCCCCAUUGUCCCCAGAGGCCCGGAAGGCAGGUCCUCCAUUGUCCCCUGAACUCCGUAUGCCAGGUCCCCCAUUGUCCCCUGAGUCCCGUAAACCAGGUCCUCCGUUGUCCCCUGAGCUCCGUAAAAUAAGUCCCUCAUUGUCCCCUGAGGCUCGAAAAGCAGGUCCCCCAUUAUCGCCUGAGCUCCGAAAAGCAGGUCCUCCAUUGUCCCCUGAAAUUCGAAAGGCGGUUCCCCCGUUGUCCCCUGACCUCCGUAAGUCAGGACCUCCAGUGUUAUCUGACCUCCGUAAGCCAGGUCCCCCACUGUCCCCUGAGCUCCGAAAAUCAGGCUCUUCAUUGUCUCCUGACCACCAGAAAUCCUCAGUAUCACCAGAGCUCUGGAAGGUUUCUUCUGAUCAGUGGAAGCCCUCUAUUUCUGGAGAGCCUUGGAAACCUGUCUCUAAUGAUUUUACUGAAUCCCAAAAGACCAUACCUCCCGGGUCUCCAGAUGUCUGGAAGUCUUCCUUUUUUCUUGAACCUCAGAAACCUGUCUUCCCUGAAUCCCGGAAACCAGGUCCUCCUGGGUCAUCUGAACAUCCUAAAAUGGUUUCAGAGACCCGAAAACCUAGUAUUUCUGGUGAUGCUGACCCCCGAAAAUCUGCCCUUUUCCCUGAGUCUCCCAAAACAUUAUCAUCUUCGGAGCCCCGGAAACGGAUUCUCUUCCCAGAAUCAAGGAAACAUACCCCAUUUUCUGAGCUUCCUAAAUCUGUUUCUCUUUACCCCGAAUCUCAGAAAUUGGUUGAAUCUAGUGAGUAUGAUAUCCAAACAGAGGCCAUAGAAGAUCAAAAAGAUGACAUUUUGGCUCAGGAAGAAGCAUUAUAUCCUUGUCAAAAGAAGUUCAAGAAAGACAACCAAGAGAACUCUGACACAGAACUUAGUAGCAGUGAAUGUGGAAAAGCAGAUUUAGAUUUCUUUGAUCUCAAAGGCCAGGAAUCUAACAGUGAUCAAGAGCAGGUUGAUGUGGAAUCGGUUGAUUUUACUAGAGAGAACAAAAUGGAUCCUUCUGAUCAGCCCAAAAGCAUACUGCAGUUUACAGAUGAUAAAGAGGCUUUUAUUUCUGAAGAGGAGAUAGCAAAAUACAUGAAACGGGGAAAAGGAAAAUAUUUUUGCAAGAUCUGUUGCUGUCGUGCUAUGAAAAAAGGUGCCGUUUUGCAUCAUUUAGUUAACAAGCAUAAUGUUCAUAGCCCAUAUAAAUGCACAAUAUGUGGAAAGGCUUUUCUUUUGGAAUCUCUCCUUAAAAAUCAUGUUGCAGCCCAUGGGCAAAGUUUACUCAAGUGUCCACGUUGUAAUUUUGAAUCCAAUUUCCCAAGAGGCUUUAAGAAACAUUUAACCCAUUGUCAAAACCGUCACAAUGAAGAGGCUAAUAAGAAGCUUAUGGAAACUAUUGAGCCUCCUCCUCCACCCCCACCUCCUCCUCCUCCUCCACCACCACCACCCCCCCCUCCACCUGAAGAGCAAAUUUAA